UUCACCGUUUUCCCAGGGAUACCACAACGACACGGACAGAGACAAGAUAUCUCUCUUGCUGUAUUAGGCCCUAGAUCGCGUUUUGCGAGAACAAGUACUUAAACUUAGAACAUGGCAGGAACCAUGACUACAUCACUCCAGGUUGCUCUUCUAUUCGGACUGUGCAUCACUUUUUUGGAUGGGCUGGUCUUACAAAGAGAGAAGAGGGGUACCAGAACCUACAGAAGUCAGUGUGUAGACACACAGACGGGAGCGGUGCGUGGUAUGGGGGAGGUGUGGAUGCGCUGGAAGGGACAGCAGGCUGAGUCCUGCCGCUGCAACACACGCGGCCGACAGAACUGCCACUAUGUGCCUGUUAUCACAUGUUAUGUGUCUCGUUGUUAUAAUGGGGGAACGUGUAAGGAGGCGGUGUACUCCUCUGACUACCUCUGCCAGUGUCCACCAGGCUUCGCUGGAUCCCAGUGUGAGAUCAACACCAGUGAGAAGUGUGUGGUGAACAAGGGCUCUGGUUACCGGGGUGCCUGGAGUAUCAGUCGCUCGGGGACGGAGUGUAUCAACUGGAACUCCACCGCGCUGAGAGGCAAGAAGUAUACCGGCUGGAGGACCGACGCCAGCAGCCUGGGCCUGGGCAACCACAACUACUGCAGGAACCCAGAUGGGGACUCACAAGCCUUGGUGUUCACGUACAAGGCACACAGAUGCUUCUGGGGUUCUGCACUCCUACCCACCUAUGCGACAGAACCCAAUCUGGAGUGUGCUGUCGGGACGGGGCGUUCGUAUCGUGGGACGGCGGAUGUGACUAAGAGUGGCUCCAAGUGUCUGCCCUGGGAUUCGCCAGCCACCACACGCAAGUUCUACAACGCCUGGAGGUCCGACGCCCGGCAGCUCGGCCUGGCCAGCCACAACUUCUGCAGGAAUCCUGAUGGUGAUCUUGGACCCUGGUGCCACACCUAUAAAGGAAACAAGUUGACCUGGGAGCUCUGCGACAUCCCAAAAUGCCCAAGGACUUCUUCUACGGUCACCAGACCACGACCUCCAACCACCCUUGGACCACGAGCACCAACCACCAAUAACAACUCAGGAACCUGUGGUCAGCGGGCCUCCCCAGACUCCUCCUCCGACUCCGCCCCCUCGUUCCGUAUGCGCGGAGGCAAGGAGAGCGACAUCAGGGAGCAGCCGUGGCAGGCGGCCAUCACGGUGUACCGCCCGCGUGCCCGCGCACACAGCUUCCUGUGCGGGGGCGUCCUCAUCGACUCCUGCUGGGUGCUAUCGGCCGCACACUGCUUCCAGGAAGGUUUUUCAGCAAACAGGGUGCAGGUGACUUUGGGCCGCACGUUCCGGCUCCAGAACUCCAGCACAGAGCAAAUAUUUGAGGUGGAAAAAUACUGGGUCCAUGAACAAUACAAAGAAGAGACCUAUGACAAUGACAUCGCCUUGCUGAAGCUGAAGAGUGAGAGUGGCCUCUGUGCGGUCAGCAGUCCAGAGGUGCUGCCGGUCUGUCUGCCCGACGCCACACUACAGCUGCCAGAGUGGACAGAGUGUGAGAUCUCCGGCUACGGCAAGGAGCACGAGUUCUCUCCAUUCUACUCGGAGCGGGUGAAGCAGGGGCAUGUGAGGCUGUGGCCGCAGGACCGCUGCGUGUCGGAUAAGCUGGCCGGCCGAGUGGUCACUGCCAACAUGCUCUGCGCAGGGGACACCAGGGGGCUGGACGACGCCUGCAAGGGAGACUCCGGAGGUCCUCUGGUGUGCCCUAGUGAUGGCAGGAUGACCCUCAUGGGACUCAUCAGCUGGGGAGAUGGCUGUGGCAAGCCAGACACGCCGGGAGUGUACACACGCGUCACACACUACAUUGACUGGAUUUCCAGCAAGAUGAGGAGCAACUGAGAAGGCACACACACUUUAUAUGUACAUGUGUGCACACGCACACGCACGACCACACACACACACAC